AAUACCUGUACACAAAAACCUCAACAUAAAUCAAACACUUCAUUUCACAGGCAAUGUCUGUAUUUAGCAGGUACUAGAGGAGAGAAGUCAUCCGAAUUUACUGUCUGCGAAAAUCUGGAGAAAUCUUGGGGAAACAUGUCUAAUGAACUUGAUUUCAGGUCCGUGUGCCUGAUGAAGAACGACAGCACGAACUUCCAGAAGUUCUCCUACACCAGCGAAGACGAGGCCUGGAAAACCUACCUGGAGAACCCCCUGACCGCAGCCACCAAGGCGAUGAUGAGGAUUAACGGGGACGACGACAGCGUGGCUGCCCUCAGCCUCCUCUAUGAUUACUACAUGGUCCCGAAGGAGAAGAGGGUCCUUCCGCCGGGUACAACGGGACGCACUGAACUAGGAAAGAGGCAUUGCCACGGCAUGGAGUACAACCCUGAGAUCUCGGCCUUCGACAGUUCUGCCCAUCUCAUGAAGCUGCUGGCUGAAAACAUUUCCGUGACCCAAGAAUAUCCCGACCUGCAGAAGAAAAAUGGCCUGAGCCUUGAAGGCAUCCCCCAGGCUCCCCACAAGCCCGCCAUCCUCCCACCGGGCACCAGCAAGCUGGACGCCAACCCUGAGCACUACAUGAUCUCCUCGGGGGACGUGUAUGACAGCGGCUCGCUGAACUCCCUCUUCGAGACGAUACACGUGGUGCCCCCGCAGCAGAGGUGGCAGCCGGACAGCACGUUCAAAGAGGACCCCCAGGAGUCGCUGCUCUUCAGUGACAUCCUAAAAACGCAGCCAGACCCGCCGUGCUCCGAGAGUUACCCCGCUGACAGCAUUAAGAGUGACUUUGAAUACACGCUGGGCUCUCCCAAAGCCAUUCACGUCAAAUCUGGGGACUCGCCAAUGGCCUACCUCAACAAAGGACAGUUCUACCCCAUCACCCUGCGGACAGCUGGAGACAGCAAAUGUUUACACUUGUCCUCAAAUAAAGUCAAGAGUGUUGUUAUGAUCGUCUUUGACAACGAAAAGGUCCCGCUAGAGCAGCUGAAGUUCUGGAAGCACUGGCACUCCCGCCAGCCCACGGCCAAGCAGAGGGUCAUCGACGUUGCUGACUGCAAAGAAAACUUCAACACGGUGCAGAACAUCGAGGAGGUGGCUUACAACGCUUUGUCCUUCAUGUGGAACAUUAAUGAAGAAGCAAAGGUCUUCAUUGGGGUGAACUGCCUGAGCACAGACUUCUCCUCCCAGAAGGGAGUGAAGGGCGUCCCCUUGAACCUCCAGAUUGACACCUAUGACUGCAGCAGUGGGACAAGCCGGCUGGUGCACCGAGCUGUCUGCCAGAUCAAGAUAUUCUGCGAUAAGGGAGCAGAGAGGAAGAUGCGGGAUGAUGAGCGCAAGCAGUUCAGAAGGAAAGGGAAAUGCCCGGACUCCAACAACAAUGGUUUGAAAGGCUGUUUGCUGUCUGGCUUCAGAUGGAAUGAAAUCACGUUCCUCCGGCCAGAGACAGACUUGGAAACCCAGCCAGUCUUGUUUAUUCCUAAUGUCCAUUUUUCAAAUCUCCACCGAGGUGGCACGGCACUUCCUACUCCUGUGGGCUGUAUCGAUGCAAACAGGCUGCCGUUAAAACGAAGCUGCCCUUCGUUCUCUGAUGAGUUUGUUCCUUUGGCUGCCAAACAGGCCAAAGAAGAUCCCCAAAGAGUCUUGCUGUAUGUGCGGAGAGAAUCGGAAGAAGUUUUCGAUGCCCUCAUGCUGAAGACGCCAGAUCUCCAGGGACUUAGGAACGCUAUUUCAGAAAAAUACGGGCUGCCUGAAGAAAGCAUUUACAAGGUCUACAAAAAGUGCAGGCGAGGGAUCUUGGUGAACAUGGACAACAACAUCAUACAGCACUACAGCAACCACGUGGCUUUUCUGCUGGACGUGGUGGAAGCGGAGGACAAAAUCCAGAUUGUCCUCAAAGAGCUCUAAGGAGCAGGUGGCUGCACUUACGCUGGGACUUCUCCCCAAAGCCAGCGGGGUCGACCCGGACAAAGCCCACCCUGACACAGCCACGCCAUCUUGCCUUUACUUGAAGGCUCCCCCGCGGGGGUGCCAUGCUCAGCCUCGUGCCGCUGGCUCCAAGAACUACGGGCAGAUCCAUUACCAAUGUGAACGCAGAGCUUCUCUCUAAGUGUAUCGUUGUUGUUAUUAUUUUAUUUUGUAUUUUAUUAUGGUAUUUUUUUGUCCUGACUUGGUCCUGGCCUGACCUCCGGUUCCACCGCUGGGAAAGUGGAGACUCGAGCCUGGCUGUCACGUGGCAGCGUGGGCAGAGAUGGGUGACUGGCUUUGUUCCCAGUUUGUCUUGCCCCUUUGCUGACUCAACCAUAGGCAGCGGCUUUCUACCGAGCCAUCAGUCACGCAGAGCCUCUGCGCAGGGUCCAGCUGAGGCUGAUCCACACUUAUAAGCUUCCCUCUCCAAAGAGACUUUGACAGAUUUGUUUAAAGCUGACAGCUAAGCAGACACUGCCAGCGCCGGCCCCUUGCCACCUCCCCAAAACUCUGGAUGUAAAUAACACUAGCACCUCAAUAGCCGCUAUUUUAUACAUUUCUGACGUCUGCUCCCUUUUAUAUUUUAUAUGUGCAUAGACCUGCCUUGUUUUAUACCGGCCCCCAUGCAGUGACAGAGAGCAUUUCAAAAGCAGCUGCUUCACAUUUCCAAGUGGACUCGUUGUUUGUAACUGUCGUGGGGUUUUGUUUCGUUUUGGUUUUUGCUUUUAUAUAUCCCAUCAUAAUAAAGGUUCAGAGCUGGAAAGCGGA